CCCUGUGGUCCAAUCAUGCUGUUCUUUGUUCUGGAUAGUUCUGAAAGUGUGGGGCUCCAUAAUUUCACAAUACAGAAGGAAUUCAUCAUUCGUAUUAUCAGCAAGAUAACAAAAAAUGGGGCAAAAAAGGGAAAGGAACUUAUUGCCACUCGUGUUGGGAUCAUCCAAUACAGCCACGAAGGGAAACAUGAACUCCUGUCAAUGGACGACCCUAAGAUUAAAACACUGGCUGAGUUUAAAAGUGCUGUGAAGAACAUGCACUGGAUGGCAGGAGGAACAUAUACUGGAGAAGCAUUAGACUUGGCCAAGCAAACAAUGGAAGAAUCGGUACUAACCCACAAAGUAGCUGUAGUGCUGACGGAUGGCAGAUCUGAUGCACGAGACCGCAAAUCCCUGGCUUCACUUUGCACAGUACCCAACAUGAAUGUUAUUGGAAUAGGAGUUGGGGACCUAUUUAAAAGAGCUCCUCACACGAAGGUACUGCAGGAAAUCACCUGCCAGGGUACAAAAGCACAAGGAAUGCAAGUCCUCGUAACGGAAUACUAUGAAUUGUUAGAGGAGACCUUCUUUGAAAAUGUCACAAAACAUAUAUGCAAAGAUUCUGCCUGUCCUGAUUUCUCUUGUCAAGUUGAAUUUGAAGAACCUACAGAUAUUGUGUUCCUGCUGGACGGUUCAAGCAGCGUUGGCUACGAUAACUUUAAAAAAGUGAAAGAAUUUGUUAAAGCAGCAAUUACCCAUAUCCUGUCAGAAGAAAUUAACAUAAAUACAAUGCUGAGCGUAUUGGUUGUUCAGUAUAGCAGUGCUAGCCUGCAGAAGGUAGAAGUCCCAUUUACUAGUAAAUUAGAGGAUGCUGUGUCGGGCCUAUCAGGAAUCACAUAUAUGGAAGAGUCAACAGACUUACCAGCUGCUUUAAGGUUCCUUACAAACUAUCUCAAAACUAAUGGACGUCCCAAUGUCCUGAGAAAGUUUAUUAUAUUUUCAGACGGCAGAUCUUCAGGAAUAGCACAAAAGCAAAUCACAGCGCAGGCUGCAGCCACAUUAAACCCUAGAACCGAACUGUUCGCAAUUACUGUAGGGAUAUUUAAUGAGGUGGGAAUUUGUCAACUUCUCAGUGGCAAAGAAAGUGAUUUUAAAUAUGAUCAAAUAGAGAAAAGAGUGUUUCGGGUUUCAGAAUACAGCGAUUUAUUAAAAAGAGUCACCUUGCAAAGCUUCCUGAUGAAAAUUACAUAAUCUGCUUCAAAAGGAAGUGAAUUCACAUUUUAGGUAAAACACUGCUUUUUGUUUUUACAUUUCUAUUCUUUUAUUUUCAGUUUAGUGUCUCCAAUGGGAAUUCUUCUCUUAACCAAUAUAGUACAAAUGCCAAUGGUCCAAAAUGGAAAUUAUGCCCAAAUGGAAGGGGAUUAUGUAUAUUCUACAACUAUUAUAUGAGAUGUAAGACAUUGCAAUCAGUUACUAUGUAAUACAUUUCACGAAAUACAGCUGUAUGGUGCAGAAAACAGUCUCUUCCUACAUAAGAAAAUGCAGCUUUUGAGAUAAUAUUGCAAAGAGGUUAAUGCAGAAAUGUAUGAUUUAAUGACAACGGAGUAAGUUACA